AUGAAUUUUUCUGAUAAUUUUGCACAAAAUGAAUUAUUGGAAUAUAUAAAGAACCCUAAAAGAAUUUAUACAGAUCGUGGAAGUGAUGUACUUUUCUUAAAGGAGGUUGGACAGUCAGUUGUUGGUUGUAUUGGACAUAAAGAAGAAUCUUUAACUGAAGUCAAUACAGACAAUAAUUUAAUAAAGCCAGCUAAAGCACAUGCUGGAAUUGUUCAGAAAACAAGAAUUUUAGAAUUAAAUGAAGAAGAAAAUGAUGAUAGAUUUGAAAGGGAUGAAGAAGUAAAAUCUGUGCAAAUAAGUGAAAAUAAUGGAAAUAAUAAUGAGAAAAAUAUUUUAGCAAAUUGUAGCUACUCAAAAAUGGAUCUGAUGGUUAGAAAAGCAAUAGAAGAUAUUAGUUAUAGGGGUGGAAGUACUUUAACUUCAAAAGCUGUAGAAUUGGCUGUUCAGGAUUUGGAGAAAGGAAGAAGAGAUGACGCUUUACAAGUAAUUGUUCUGAUGAAUGACGGAAUGAGUCAAGAUCCAUGGGAAAAUGUUUUGGCUGCAAGUAAAAGACUUGCCCAAUCAGGGGCUGAACGUUUUGGAGUAGCACUUGGGGAGGAAGUAGAUUUAAGAGAAUUGGAACACUAUGUUGGGGAUAAAAAAAGAAUUUAUAGAGACGGUUCUACUGAACGAUUUUUGGAAGAUAUUGUUGGGCUAAUAAAUAAUAAUAUUAAAUGUGAUAAUAAUUCCGAAAAGAAAAUUGAAAAUUUGAAUAAAAACGAUAAAAAGAAUAAAGAAGGCGUUGGGGGUGAUAAUGGUCCUCGAGAAUUUGGAGAUUUUCAGGUAUACAUUAGGGUUGUUGGCGACCGGUUUUAA